GUUUAUUGGAUGAAGAAUUGGUUAUAAUGAGGAGGUGACCAUGUUUCUAUACAUGGAUGGGAAGUGGGUGAGGAGCAUUUUGUACAUGUCAUGUAACACUCAUUUCAGGGCCCACAUUUUCUUGCCCUAGCCGAGAGAAAUCUAGCCGGUUUGACUGCCGAUCGAGCGAAGGUCGGCACCACUUGUUGGAAUGUGGAGAUGGACGUCUCCUUGAAAGUGAACCGGUGGACCUCUCGAUGCUUGUGUGCAAUCAUCUCAUCAUUUGAAGGGAGUGUAGGACGAGGAGGAGGACAGGGAUGUUGUAUGCUACCUGGGUCCCAUAAAUUAUUGCUCGCAAGAGUUUUCCACAUCCAUGACCCCAAUGUUCAGGAGGGGCAUAUCCUAGUGCUGCUGCUGCUGCGGGUGCUGCAAAAUCUUGAGAAUGUGCUACGGACCCUGAGUCUCUGGAACAACCCACAGUACAAAUGCCCUUCUUGUCUUUCCAUGCACUGGAGGAUGUGCCACCAACCCCCGGUCGCUCACAUAAUUUCAAAUUGUUUCGCAUGGGAGAAACCAUUUUGGGCUCAUUCAUCGAACAAUGUGGCACCUUUCACUAUUGUGAUUCGAAGGGGCCACAAAAUCUGAAGCUCCGAGAUAAGACAACAACAGAGACGUUCUGUUACCUUUGAGCUGUUUCCUUGAACCAGCUUCAGAGAUUAACACACGCUCCCUCCAUCGUCCAUAUGUCUACAUGUUUCUACCUCGGAUCCAUAUGCUUUUCACUCCAUGAGAGACAAAUUCUCAUAUUAUAAAUAUUUCCAUUUGUAGGUUUUUCCAAUAGGAUUCCGGAAGGACUCUUCUGAUGUCUUCAAUGUUUUUACUUCGUGCUUGGCGGCCUCAGAUGGAAUAUUCAACAUGCAACCCUAAAUUGUAGAAAACAAACCGAUUCCGGUGCAACUUGCGUCUGUUCAUGAUUUCUAGUGCAUUUUUAAUAUUCAGCUGGGCAAUUAACAGAAAGCUUUCCACAUCACCUGUCAAGAUUGAAAAUAUGUUAAACUCUUGGUCCAGUUUGUGUCAUAAACUGUGCCGUCUAUCUGCACCAUGAGUAUGAGGGAGCAUCUUUACGGAAUCGCCUAUGGAGGUGACCACUUGGCUUACAUCUGAAACGAUCAGGCGACUUUUCUCUCGCAUAAUCUUUGGGCACUCCGAGAGCGCUGUACCGUGCGGAUUACACCAUAUGCCUUCUCCGUUGCUGG